GACGGGUCACAUGAUACACGCGCGGGGUGGGGGUCAGCUGACCGGAAGUAGAGCGAGCGGAGGAAGGCGGCGGCUCGCUGCGAUGGAGCGCUACGAUAAAGCGGCGCCCCCGGAGCUCGGGCAAAAUGAGGGCUCCUUAACAUCAACUCUAAGAACGCUUCUGUUCUUCACAGCUCUGAUGAUCUUAUUACCUAUUGGGCUGUACUUCUCUUCAAAGGCUUAUGUAUUUGAAGGUACCUUGGGAAUGUCCAACAGAGACAGCUAUUUUUAUGCUGCCAUCGUCGCUGUAGUUACUGUUCAUGUGGUACUUGCUCUCUUUGUCUAUGUAGCUUGGAACGAAGGGUCUCGCCAGUGGCGUGAAGGCAAGCAGGACUAAAGCAAGCAUCACCAUCUGAUAUCCACAGACUGGAGACUGGAUAUUUGUGGAUGGAGUGAAAAACAUUCUUGUGCAAAAUAGAAGUUAAUGCCUCUGGGCUCUGAAUGCCUGUGUGUGAAUAGUCCAAGAUUCGUGCUCAUCUCCGCUGAAUACUAGUAAUGUGUCGAAGGGUGACCAUUUAUAAUUUAAAUCAACCUCAGCUUGGCAAACUUGGAGAAGCCUUUACCUGAAAUUGGAGUGGAGUGACUAGAAGGAAUGUGUAUUUUGUAUGUGUGCAACAAAUUUUGGGGUUUUUUUACCGUUCUGACCUGCUAACAAGACACAGAGAAAUUGAGACACACAUCGGUCAGUUAUGAAGCGAAAUUAUGUAUUGCUAAUGUUAAGUUACCGGUUUAAAAGGCUGAGUAACGUUCUAGUAGGACUAAAACAGAGUAGAUUUGGUUCCCACUUGCUCUGGGUGGAUGCUCAGUUUUAGAAACAUGGAAUCAAAUUGAGCAGCGCUUUGUGCUCCUCAGCCAUAGUCGCAUGAGUGUACAGUUUACAUUUUUAGUGGAAGAAUAGGAAGAGAAUGUUUCAUACAUAAUCCUAAAAGGCAGCUCUUGAGAGCUAAAGAUCUUGCAUAUUGGAGAGUGGCUUGUUAAUGUUUUAUGGGAACUGUGAGCUAUCAGAACAGAAUAGAGGAUGCACUCUUAAAAUUUCACUAUCAGACAUAUCUCAAGCUCCCUGAAAAUCAUUAGCUUGUAUCAAAACAUUUUCUGACUCUUACCAUUCAUUUCCAGGAAAAGUUAUUUCAUAAACUACAAGGAACCAUGUAAUAUGGUGUCUUACUGCUUCAGUAAGCUAUGGCAAAUGCGUUUGAGGGAUUCUGCUGCAGCUGGGGUGGUGUACUUAAGGCUUAAGACCAAAUAGAUGAAAGUAACCUCCCAAGAAAUGCAAUAAAUCUCCUACAAAGGCAUGUUUGGGAGUAAUGUCAUAGCAGCUUAGCAAGGUGGUCAGAAAAUUCAGUUGGUGUCUUCUAUUUCAUAGUGAACAAUUUUUAGUUUUGUCAUUUUUAAAUUUUGGCUUGUUGCAUUUUUUUUUUAACUGACUUUUCUCCCCACUGACAUUUUCAAUAUCUCUAGAAGAUUUCGGUAAUCCUGACCUGCUCAUCCUUCCACUCUUACUACCUUGAAGCUUUGUUGCAAAGGAGAACUGCCUAUUGUUUUCUUUCCAAUGACCAUACUAAAUUGCAGUUGCUCCUAAACAAGUCUCGCUUUCAGCCACCUCCCACUGCUACUUGAAUGUGUUGGAUAUUUCUUAUGGUGCAAUCGUGGACAAAAUACAUUGAAGAGUGUGUUUGGGAGAUGUGCUGGAGGAACAAGUGAGAUUUAAGGGGAGAAAGCCAGCUAAAGCAAUACUCUUAAAACUUUUGUCCACUAUUAAAUAAAACAUAAUGGUGACCAUGUUUUGUCAUCGCUACCUCUUCCAUGACAGAUAUCCACUUUGCUUAUUUUGUUGAAUCAUGAAAGAAAUGAAUUUGUUCUAAUUUUCUAUCCUCUUGGAAGGAAAGGGGCUUUACCUAAAGUCACAUCAGGAUGAAAUAUGUCUAACAGAUCAUUAUCCUGAGUUUCAUUCUGCUUUUGUAUUAACUAUAUUUUCUGUGUGGAGCAGCAUUUUUCCUAAGAUUACGGUAAUGCAUAGCCUUUCCUAUACUUUUUUUUUAAAGGCGCUUUGUGACUUUGCUUUUCCUGUUUCACUUGUAUCAUGUUCCUACAGUUUCAAAGGGAUUAUUGGUUGAUGUGGGAAUUGGAUAGUUCGUACCCACACUUGUGGUCUGCAGACCACGAAUAUGGUAGAUCAACUAUUUGGGCUUAUGUGCACAAUAGAUACAGAAGUAUAUUAAGAUAGACUGUGACCCACCCACCCCUAUGUACUAAUGUUCAGGAGCAAGCCCUAAAAGUGAAGCAUACUGCAUGUUAGCUUCAGGUUAGCCACAAAUCAAUUUUUAAAUCUCAUGUCUGAAACAUUAACUUUUCCAGUCUGCAAGUCCAGUGUUGCUGGCACACUAGAGAAGGAUACUGUAGUUAUUUGAAAUGCAGAUUUAUUUUGUAAGAUGCCAUUCUGAGAGAUCCCCAUUCCCCACUACAUGUACCCCCAUGUUAUAUAAGAGCCCUUUAAUAAAGAAUUAUCAUUCACUGAGUUCCAGUACCGAGGCUUAGUAAAUGUGAAUACUUUAGCUGAAUUAUUUCUCAAUCAUCGUCCUGCUAAUGCUGCUCAUGUAAGAUGAUUUAUAAUGAACAGAUUAGGUACAGCAACACACAGAAUUAACUUUACUCCAUUUAUAACAGUCUGAAAACGAGGGCUCUGCUGUGCUUCAUUGAUUCUGUGUACAAUGUUAUAUCCAGGUGUUUGUACUGUCAGGGGUCACUAGACCCUAAAAUUACAUUUCCGUGGAAUUAUAAUUGCUUACCAUACUUGGCUAGUCACAAAAAAGUAGAGGUGCUGAAAAGUUCCAGAGGACCAUAGCUUAAAUAUGCUUCAGCUAUUCAUAGUGAAAAUGUGAGGAGUCCGUUGAUAAGACUUUUACUUCCUCAUAAGCAGAACAUCUUGGUUUUUAAAAGGCCUCCUUAAGGAAAGUAAGACCAGAGUUUUGAGUAUGGGGACAGUGGAAACAACUGAGCAGAGCAAAGCAAAGAAGCUGAACACCCCAUCUAGGCACGUGACACUGAAAAGAGCAAUAUUGAAAGAAGGAAAAUAAGAGGUGUAGAACCUGAGAAGUUACAGAAGAGCUUAAAGAAUAUAGCCCACAUCCAUAGUGGGGCUCAAACAGACUUAAUGAGCGCUGUGUUAAACUCACUGUAAGAAUUGACCUGUUUAAUGUGUACAAGGCCAAAAGCAUGUUAAAAAUGUAUAGGCUGCUGCUUUCAAAUAGGAUCCUCGCCCAACUUGCCCCAUUCUGCUUUGCAUGGCCAGACUUUUAGAAAUCCUUUUAGCUGUUUAUAUUUCACUGGUGGUUAGGAACCUGGGAUCACACUCCGCUAGGCAUUGUACAAAUGCAGAACAAAACAAUGGUCUGUGUCCCGAACAGCUUACAGUCUUAGGAUGCUAUGCCUCGCUUUGGUUUUAAAGAUCAGUGCACUCGGAACAAACGGAGACGCAGCAAUACACCAAUAAGAGCUUAUUCUGUGGAUGGAUACUAGUUUGUGCAUUGUGUGUACAAGAAUUAUGCUAACCAGCUAAAAGAAAAGGAGUACUUGUGGCACCUUAGAGACUAACCACAAGUACUCCUUUUCUUUUUGCGAAUACAGACUAACACGGCUGUUCCUCUGAAAGCUAACCAGCUAGGUACCUGGACCUGUUUGGCUACAACAGGGUUCAAAAAAGAACUAGCUAAGUUCAUGGCAGGCAGGUCCGUCAAUGACUGUUAGUCAGGAUGGACAGGGAUGGUGUCCCUCACCUCUGUUUGCUAGAAGCUGGGAAUUGGUGACGGGAUGGAUCACUUGAUUACCUGUUCUGUUCAUUUCCUCUGAAGCAACUGGUAUUGGCCAGUGUUGGAAGACCAAAUACCAGGCUAGAUGGACUUUUGGUCUGACCCAGUAAGGCCAUUCUUAUGUUCUUAGAAAAUAUAUACUGCACUAGAUACCCUACUGGGAGCCUUCUUGUGCUUCAGCAACAUGAAGUUAUAUUUUAAAUCAUGGUAGGCUGAGUUUGUAUUACAGAGUCCAUGCUCAUGUCAGAGUAACAUCCAAGCUAAUUUGUUAUCGUGACACAAAUUGUCAGUGUAUAAUAGCCAUAGACCCUUUUCUUGUUUAAAUAAUGCUCUGUAGGCUUUGAAAUUAUCCUGAAUUGUAGGAUUAGCGCUUUCCCUUUCCUUGUUUCCUGAUUAUUUGUGUAAAACUAAAUCGUGCAACAAGGGAAUAUUUUUAAUUGGCAUUUAGAAGUUUGCCUUAAUUUUUUAUAUUAAUGGUUUUCAGUACUUAAACAGGGGUUUGAACAAUUGCUGAUGAACAACACAAUUUACAGUUUUACACAGGACGGUCAAACUAGAGCUGAUUAGAUAGCAUGAAUAGAUAUUUAAGACCAGUUGUUUCUCUAAAUUUUCAAAAUAUUCCCCAGGUCUCUAGCUAUGUGGCUCAUUGAGACAGUUGGGAAUUAUGGAGUCAAAAACCCAGGAACUUUCCAAAAUUAUUCUGUAGUAUUACUUGGAUAAGUCGACUUUCCUUUCUUUUGUGUGUCCUGCACAGGCUAAAUUUUCAUCUGAUCCUUCCUUUUUAAAAUGACUGCAGAGGUGUAUGAGGGACACUCAGAAAUUGGAAUAAGCAAGCUUAAUUGGGGUUCAGAACACUUCAUUUAGUUUAGACCGAGAAUUGCUAAAAGAGUGUCGAGACAUCUACGCAGGAAGAUGUCAAUAUUUGGGUUUAUCAGUUGUCAUUGUUCUUAGACUUGUUCUUUCCCUCUUGUCUGUCAUCCCCUAACGCUGGCUGAUGUAAAUAAGCUGUUAAUAUGUGGGCAGCACCGUCUGUGUAUGCUGAAGUUGGGGGGAAAAAAGUGUAAAAUGUUUGUGGGGUGGGUAACUUUCAUUUUACUUGAAACUGCUAAAAACCACUUAAAUGGACAUAAUACAAGCUUGUAUGCAGUGCUAUAGCAGUGUUGGUCUCAGGAUAGUAGAUAUACAAGAUGGUGAGGUAAUAUUUGAAGAACUGAAAGCUUGUCUAUCUCACCAACACAAGUUGGUCCAGUAAAAGAUAUUACCCCAUCCACAUAGUACAAGAUUGUUAGUAAACAGUCUCCAGUUUGUCAUACUGCACUAGCAGAGUGACUGACUGGAUGGCAGGUUUUUCUGUCUGAAAUUCGGUGGGGGGGGUGUGCGUGCGCUCCAUUAGCUAGAAAAUGGAGGGGAAAAUUAUAUACUUCUCACUUGGUGAACUGCUGGACAGUAAGUGUUUGGGGUUAUUGGCAUUUUGCUAGCUUUUACCUUGACUAGCUUGGCAGCUGUUUGCAAAUAAAUUAAUCUUGUUAUAUUUGGUUUGAGGUAGAGUACUUUCAGAGCCUUCCCAAAGGGAUGUAGCUGACUCAAGUAGUUUUGUCCAAAGACAGGCAAGGUGUAUGUCACAAAGGGUCUUUUCUGACGGCCUUCAAUGUGGACACGUGCAGUUUAGUUCAGGGAGGCUGCUUCCUGUAUAGGGAGCCCUAUGGAAAAAGGCCCAAGGGUGAUUGGGGGAAAAACUGACAAGUGGGUGCAUGAAUGAGAACUGGAAUAUACCUCUUUUACUGCUCUGUACAUGUUGUCCUAAGCUCUUUCUGGACAGCAUUUUAUGGCAUAUAUUCAAUUUUUGAGGAUCAGGCAAGGUACCAAUGCCAUUGAUCUCGUAUUACAUGUGAGUCGUGCACAAAGCAGCAAACCGGCUCUGAUUUUAUAUUUUUAAAACUUUCAGUGUAAAUCUGGAAGCAAAAAAGUUCACAGCUUUACAUCUUUGUGCAUGAUUUCACCAGGCAUUUGUACGCUCUAGCAUUGGAUGCAUGGGGCACAUAGAAACAAGCAGGGUAGCUUUUCCUAUAAAAUCCCCAGUGAUGCAUCUCUAAGGGGUGGGUCAAGCCUCUGAACUAUAUAUCUUAAAAUCCCACAGAGCAAUUGGCACUCUGUUUAGCCCUCGUUAUCUCUGAUCUAGUACUUGUUUACAUACAUAAAAUCAGUAUUUUCAGUGUUAGGUUACUGAAUGCAUCUUCGCCUAUAUUGACACUUCAAGAGCCAGCAUUAGUGAAGGCCAAAUUAGACUUGAAUGGUGCAUACAAAAAGGAAAUAUUGCCAAGUGCUGGGGUCCAAAUCCAGUCCUGUGUCGGUCAGUAAAGACUUUUCUGUACUAAUGCCAUGAAUUUCUGGUGGUGUGUUCUGCUGUUCAAGGGGAAAGCUCUGAGAGAAUUGAAGCAGGAGAAAUGGACUAUGGUGGUCCUAUAUGUAGCAGAACUGAGGUUGGGGACAAAGAUGAACCUUUAGAGAUUUGGUCCUUCCUGUUCCCUUAGAAUGAUGUCUGGUUGGGAUAGAGGAGGUAGGAGGGAUGUUUCCAGGAGCAUCAGUCGCCGCCUCCUAGUGGGGGUAGAGAAAUGCAGUGGCCUUCCAUUUCUGGAGGGCAGGGCGGUUGAUUGGGAUGCUUUUUGAUGGGAGGGUGUCCCAGUUUGGGUCUGAGCGUGAAAGGUGGGGGAAAGAAUGCUGCCUUACCUGCAAGCUAAACCCACGCCUCUCAUACCUCAAAUUGAAGUAGAGAUGCACAUAACAAGAAACACCGAUAACACUUUCUGAGACUUACCUAGAAGCGGUUUGAUAUUUCACAUAUCUUGGCAGCAUUGUAAGUACAACAGAUGGAACAGACGAAGACGCUGAAGCCAGAAUAGUGAUAGCCAGAUAUGCCUUUGUAACUCUAAAGCCAAUUGGGAGAAACAGAAAUCUUGCCCUCCAGACUAAACUUAGAAUGUUUAGCACUAUUGUAACGUUGGUCUUACUCUGUGGUGCUGAAACUCGGAGACUUAUUAAAACCUUACUAUCUAAACUCCAAGUUUUCAUGAACAGCUGCCUUUGACAAAUCCUGACUGUCAGAUGUCCAAAAAAAAAAAAUCACAAUUGAAUUCUGGACGAGGACAAAAUAGAAACUGAUAGGUCAGGAAAUAAUGGAAUGAAAAUGGAGGUGGGGUAGGACAUACAUGGAAGGAGGACCUGGAGCACCUAAGACAAGUAUUGGACUAAAAGCCCCUCGACAAGAGGUGAUGAGGUAGACCAAGGAUAACAUGGAAACACACAAUCGAAGCAGGACUGAAGCUAAAACUGCAGCGGGAGACCAGCAAAGAUGGAAGGCAGUGGUGAAGGCCAUAUAUUCUGCAUGGAAGAGAGAGGUACUUCAGCUCAAUUCCUGCUCCACUGAUUCUCUUCCUGUUUGAGACUGAGGCCCUUAGCAGAAGCAAUUGUCUGUUUAUAAAUUUUGGUGCUGGGACUGAAGCUCUCUUUCACAAGAGAACAGACACAGUGUAUGUGGUGGCAAAACGCACUGCCCUACCAAAGUGCAUCAACCCUGAAUUGAAGGGGAGGAGAGCUGUAUACCUGAUCAAUCAAUAUGUGAUCCCUGUCCCCUCUCUGCUCAGACUACCAGCAAAGAUGCCAGUUGUGGAAAUUCCACCAUGUGGACACCUCAUAUUGAAUUAUGUGGCCACUGAACCACCAUGAGGUGGUAAUGACUUUUGGUCAUUUUUGCUCUGAGCUAGAAUCAAGGAGAUGUAAUGCUGUUUCCAAGCUAUACUGUGAUCUUCUACAGUGUAGUCUAAUAUAAUUGAUUUCUUGUCUAUUUUGAGUGGGAGCCUGAAACCGAAUGGAGCAACUCUCUAAAAGGUGUAACUUUACAACAAUAAAAAGGUAACUGGUUAAGUGCUAUUUUCAUUCUGUGACUCACCUGUACUUCUGACAGAAGACAACGCAUCAGAAUUGUGACCUUUAUCUCGAUAAUGUGCCCGCAAAACAAUAAUGAAAACAGUGACUAAGCAAGGGAACAAAUUCUCCUUGAAAAUUAACAGUGGGUUGUCUUAAACUUUGUGUAACCCCCUUCAAGCUCUGUUGUACUUCUUAUUCGUUGCUGGAAUAAAUACUAUUUUUGUCAAGUACCAUUGGCCUACUGGAUUACCAAUGUAAUAAACAGUUUUGAUCUUGUUUUCUUGA